AUGGAAAAAACAAAAGAUCCAAUUUCAAUGGAGCAUCCACAUAUUUAUGUGGAAAGAACUCUUGCAAUAAUCAAGCCUGAUGUUCUUUACAAAGCAGAUGAAAUAGAAGACAUAAUACUCAGGUCUGGCUUUGCAAUAUUGCAAAAAAGAAGAGUCCAUUUAACACCAGAACAAGCCAGUGAUUUCUAUGCUGAGCAUUAUGGGAAGUUGUUUUUUCCCAGCUUGGUCGCAUACAUGAGUAGUGGCCCCAUAAUUGUCCUUAUGAUAGCCAGAGAUCAUGCUGUCUCCUACUGGCGAGAGCUGAUUGGACCAACAAACACUGUCAAGGCCAGACAGACACAUCCUGACUGUCUCAGAGCUGUUUAUGGCACAGAUGAACAGAAAAAUGCUCUCCAUGGCAGUGAUUCGUUCAUGAGUGCUCAAAGGGAGAUCAGAUUUUUCUUUCCUGACUGUAUUGUUGAGCCAGUAGCACUUGGCCAGGCUGCUAAAGAUUAUCUUUCUAAAGCUGUCAACCCUACUCUUUUAAAGGGACUUACAGAUCUGGCCAAAAAGAAACCGGAAGACCCAGUGCUAUGGUUGGCUGACUGGCUACUGGAAAACAACCCGAACAAGCCGAAAGUUCGAAAUCCAAUUGUUGAGUUAGCGUAG